AGUACCUGCCCAGCAACAUGGGGUCCAGCAGCUUCUUGGUCCUCAUGGUGUCUCUCGCUCUUGUGACCCUGGUGGCUGCGGAAGGAGUUAAAGGGGGUAUAGAAAAAGCAGGGGUUUGCCCAGCUGACAACAUACGCUGCUUCAAGUCCGAUCCUCCCCAGUGUCACACAGACCAGGACUGUCUGGGGGAAAGGAAAUGUUGUUACCUGCACUGUGGCUUCAAGUGUGUGAUUCCUGUGAAGAAACUGGAAGAAGGAGGAAACAAGGAUGAAGACGUGUCAGGGCCAUGCCCAGAGCCAGGAUGGGAGGCCAAGUCUCCAGGCUCCUCCUCCACUGGGUGUCCUCAGAAAUGAUGCCGGGUCCUUUCCACCUCUGGGGGUCACUCUCACCCAGUACCUGCCCCUGAGGGUCCUGAGACUUGGAAUAUGGAAGAAGCAAUACUGAACCCCAGCAAAGAAAACCCGAGCUUGAAGUCCUUUUUCCUAAAUAGAGGGAAGAGUCACAGAAAGUCCAGACCCCAGGAAGAUGAGAUGAGAUGAGAAACUGGCCCCCACUAGAUGCUGAAUCUGCUGGUGCCUUGAUCUUGGACUUCCCAGCCUCCAGAACUGUAAGAAAUAAAUAUUUGUUGUUUACAAUCC